CGAUAUCAGCAUUCCCGGUACCCUAUCGAAAUCCGUGGAUUGUGAAAUGUUUUUCUCGGGCCACGUGGAAGUAAAUUAAUCAGAGGUUCUCUGUAUAAAUAACAAGGUCGAUAAAUUCGUCGAAUGGAUCGCAUCGUCCACGGCUAUUCCGCGGCACGUUCAGGGGAAAUUAUUAAUCGCGCUCUCGGCGGAAAAUCGGACGUUUAUUUGUUUUUUUUCGCUUGCAUCGAUCACGACUCGGUUGUUUCGGGGUUUACCUCGGGAACGGCAUGAAGAAAUACGGUCGAACAAUGGCGCCGCCGCAGAAGAGGAAGCCGAGAAACUCGACCGGGAAGGGCCGUGUAAUCGAGACACGAUAUACUAAUCGACAGUAUCGCAAACGGCCGGAGAUUUCGCGUCGAGUGCAGACUAGCCAGUCCAUCGCCGUGCCGGAAUUAGUCUACAGGCUGCUGAACACCGACAAACAUAACCAAGGGAUGAUAUCCAACCAGAGGGGAGUAAAGCCGUCGAAGGACAGGGCCCUGUACCGCGAGAUAAUACGGAAGUAUCAAGAUCUCGGUGAGCUAUCGGACGACACCUCGUUCGUCCACGAAAGCUCGGUGUCCGCGAGCGGGACCGAGUACACAAAAUCGGGAGCAACGUCCAUGGAGAACAUGUCGAGGGUGAUGGAGGUCGGAAAUAGCUCCUGGGCAUCCGGCUCCGGGAACAGCAGCGUAUCGAAUAUCUCCAUAGAGCCGAUCACUUUUUCGAACUCGAUCGAUAACACGAGGGCGUUGCUCAAAAAGAAGUCCCUCGUGCAGAUCAUCAACAACUACAUCAAGGCUGGCAUCGAAGAAGGCAAAAGGUACGCAAAGAGGUACAUACGCAAGGCGCUCUCGUUCGGCGUGAAAUCCGGAUACUUGAUCCCGACGGAUCCUCAGGGCCAGAUAAUCCGCGUGGCACCGACGUUGGUCGAGUCGAGAAGAAGCGAUCCAGAGUCACGUAGAAGACGGCGGAGGGCCAGACAAGGCCAAGAGGAUUUGCCGUUCGUCGAACACAAGGAACAGCGACGUCGGCCAACCCCGCCCUUGACCACCAAAAGGAAACCGCGUCGCGACACGUCCUUGGAACGGAUGGUGCCUCGAAAACGCAUGAAGUCCUCUGCGGCGAAGAAACCGUCUCCGCACUAUCAAUCGAAUUACGCGAGCUCGAGAAAGAAGAACGCGCUGCUUGCUCCCCGCGACUUGCAUGGGAACAACAAGAAGGAGCAUGCGCCGCAGCGUAAAUCCGCUGGCAAAAGAGCCGAGCAGAGAAGCAGAAGAAAGCGAGCUACCGGGUACAAAGACGAGGCAGUGGAACAACGGCAAGCUCGCCGAACUUCGGGCACCAAAUCCCCGUACGCGGCCAAAGUAGCGAAGGAUGAUUAUUCGAAGAGUCAAGAGGAUUUAACGGACGAGGACGAUAACAGUACGAAGUCCAGCGAUAACGAUGCGAAUCAGGCGACCGUGACCGAACGACGGAAGUCGGGAUCCAGCGAAGGGUGCGAUCACGAGGAUGGCAAUGAAAAUCCGGCGAGUCCGACGCGGGAAGUUGUCGAACAGAUGGAAUUGCCGAACAACGACGAGAAAGAGAAAAUUCCGGUCGAGGAUGUACACUAGUGGCUUCAUUUUGUUACUGCACACUUUACUCUCGUUUCGAUACGUUAUAUCAUUUUGUACAUUUUGAGAAAUUUUGUAACUUCGAUUGUAUAGCGGGACUGGAGGAGUGGAAGGAAAUAAAGGAGAUUUUUUUAGACCCUUGGAA